AGACGGGAACCCAGUCAAUGCAGGAUUCCGAUCCUCAAUUUAGAGAAACCAAUAUGUCAGCCUCCAUGUGGCACGUGAAAUAACAGAAUACACUGAUAACAGAACACAACUACGGACUAACUAAAGCUGUUCUUCAAAGAUGGACGUCAAGUGGACCUCGCUGUCCAGUGUUUUAGGCAAAGAAACGUUAAAUGCUAUUAAAGCUCUCAAGUUCAAACGGAUGACUCCAGUUCAGGCAGCAUGUAUCCCACAGUUUCUGCGGAACAAAGAUGUCGCCGUGGAAGCAGUCACAGGAAGUGGGAAGACCCUCGCCUUUCUUCUCCCUCUUCUGGAAAUUUUGAAGAAAAGAGAGACUCCCCUGAAGAAAAACGAGGUGGGCGCAGUGAUCCUGACCCCGACGCGAGAACUGGCCAUACAGAUCGACGAGGUCCUCUCCCACUUCCUCCGUUACUUCUCGGACUUCUCCUCAGUACUCUUCAUAGGAGGCGCUAAUGUCGGGGGUAAUAUCGACAAGUUCCUUACACAUGGAGGUAAUAUUGUGAUAGCAACGCCGGGCCGAAUGGAAGACAUGUUCCAGAGGAAGCAAGGAGCGUUUAACCUGGCGGCCAGCGUCAAGGCCUUGGAGGUGCUCGUCCUUGAUGAAGCUGACCGACUCCUGGACAUGGGAUUUACAGCAAGCAUCAACACUAUCCUGAGUUACCUCCCCAAACAGCGGCGGACGGGUCUGUUCUCGGCCACCCAGACAGAUGAGGUGGAGAAUCUGAUCCGGGCAGGGCUGAGGAACCCCUUGAGGAUCACAGUCAAGGAGAAGUUGUCGACGGAGUCGGAGUCGCUGCAGAGGACGCCACUGACACUCCAGAACUACUACAUGAUCGUGGAUGCUGAUGAAAAGUUCAACCAGCUGCUCCACUUCCUCAAGGAACACCAGCAGGAGAAGGUGAUGGUGUUCUUCAGCACAUGUGCCGGAGUGGACUACUUCUCCCAGGCCCUCCAACACAUUCUAAAGAAGAGUCAGAUUCUGUCUAUCCAUGGGAAAAUGAAACAGAAAAGAAACAAGAUAUUUUCCAGUUUUCGACAGCUUGCCAGUGGUGUGUUGACCUGUACCGAUGUGAUGGCUCGCGGGGUGGACAUUCCUGAAGUACACUGGGUCAUACAGUUUGACCCCCCGAGUUCAGCCAGUUCUUUUGUUCAUCGAUGUGGUCGCACAGCUAGGAUCGGGAACACCGGCAAUGCCCUUGUGAUGCUGCUCCCUGCUGAAGACACCUACACCAACUUCAUCAGCAUCAACCAGAAGGUGCCAAUGGAGGAGCUGGAGAAGGCAGAGGAUGUACACAACCACCUGCCAGCGGUACAGAAGCUGGCUGCCAAGGACAGGGCAAUAUACGAGAAGGGAAUGAGAGCCUAUGUGUCGUUUGUCCAGUCCUAUGCUAAACAUGAGUGCAGCAUGAUAUUCAGGGUGAAAGAUAUUGACUUCGGGAAACUAGCUACUGGAUUCGGUCUUCUGAAAAUUCCUAAAAUGCCCGAAUUGAAAGGCAAAGUGGUUCCCAACUUUCUACCUGUGGAGAUUAAUGUGGACGACAUUCCAUUCCGAGACAAGCAUCGGGAGAAGCAGCGGCAGGUGAGGAUCGAGAGCGGGGAGCUGCUGCAGAGGCAUAAAAAAAUGAAGAGGCCACCCAAAUCAGUGCCGUGGUCCCGGCAGAAGGAGAAAGUGGAGAAGAAGAAGAAGAGAGUGGAGAAGAAACUCCGUGCACAGAAGAGGAAACUGGAGGACGUUGAACCCGAUAACACAGCUGAGGAGGUUGACGACCUCGGUUCAGAUUUGCUGCUCAUGAAGAAGCUAAAGAAAGGGAAAAUAUCGAAGAAUGAAUUCAACCAGGAAUUUGCUGGAAGUGCAUUGAACAAGUUGGACAGUGAUUCAGAGUGCGACACGUGACCAGACGAGGAGUUGAUGAAGCCAUGUUGCUGCUGCUGGACAGUCACUGUCCAGACAUUAUGCUAGAAGAUGAACUGAAGGUGAAGGUCACACACUCACGGAUGUCAUGGAGUAAUCAACUGGUGAACAGCAUCUACGCUGAUACUUCUGACGGACAUGGGAUUGUGAAUACCGUGAACCAUUUCUCCCCUCAUUCUGCUCAGUUUAAGAGCAAAUGUUCAUCACUACGAAACAGUGACAAAAGAUUACCUGAAACCUCUAUGCUGGAUAAGGGACUGACCGGCCUUCUGUAUAUUGGGAAGGGGAUGGUAAUGAAUAAAUGGACAUUUCAUAAUGAA